AUGAGUUCGCAGCCCAACAACUACGAUUUCAAAUGGCGCGCCCUUGCCUCAGCGCUGCUGGUCGUCAGCACUUUGCCUCACGCGUGGACCGCGAUCUUGACGGGUUUCGCCCAUGGCGCAUUACAAAGCCUGCUAUCAACGGAUCUGUUCAAGACAAAACUCGAUCGAGAGGUGGGAAGAGAAGCCUGGAGGAAAAUGCAAGCUCCCAGCGGCCACACAAACAGGCUCGCAAAGAGUCCCAAUCACGCCGUCACCACCACCUCAACUCAUAGCGUGACUCCCGAAACGAACUUUGUGGAUCUUACCGGUCCCGGAGAAGAAAAGAGUACCGUGCAGGAAGAUGAAAAUGAACGUUUGAGGGAGCGUGUUGAGGCUUUAGAGGCUGAGAACCGGGCUUUGAAGAGAGAGAACUCUGAGUUGAAGGACAAGCAGGCAAAGAUGGUGGAGCUGCUGACAGAUAAGUGA